AUGCCGAGCUGCCUCUUCUUCCUGAAGUCACUUCUUGCUCUUGGGUCCCUGACAUCCUGGGUGGCUGCAGGAGAGCAUGUGAAAGCAGGAGAAUGCCCCCCUGAUAAGAACCCGUGCAGAGAGCUGUGCCAGGGGGAUGAGUCGUGUCCGGCCAGGCAGAAGUGCUGCGGCACCGGCUGCAGUCGGGUCUGCCGAGGAGGCCUUCCAGAAGGGAGGAAAGGAGAUUGUCCCAGGGCUGUUUGGAAACACUCCUGCUUCCAAAGGUGCAUCACUGAUGAGACUUGUCCAGGUACAAAGAAAUGCUGCACGUUUGGCUGCAACAAGCACUGUGUGGUCCCAGUCUCUAAACCAAAGCUGGCAGAGUCUGGUGGCGAAUGUCCUGCUGACCCCCUUCCGUGCGAGGAGCUGUGUGACAGGGACGAGUCCUGUCCCCAGGGGCAUAAAUGCUGCAGCACCGGCUGUGGCCACUCCUGCCGUGGAGACAUUAAGGGAGGGCGGGCUGGUGAUUGUCCACACAUUUUGGUGGGCCUGUGCAUUGUCAACUGCAUGAUGGACGAGAAUUGCCAGGCCGGGCAAAAGUGCUGCAAGUCAGGCUGUGGCCGCUUCUGUGUCCCACCCGUUCAGCCACCAGAACUGGCCACAAACCCCAACUGGACCCUCCGCUCUGAUUCUGCCUUAGAGACCCCAGUGCCUUAGCUGUCCUGAUUUGUUCGGAGCUGCUUUGGUGACUACAGGGGGCUUGUCCUGGCUGCCAGGAGAGGGUGAUGUCCUGGGGCUGUGACCCUCCUGGGGGCUCUCGUUGCCCUCUCUGCCCUGC